AACGACAAGGGUUUACAUAUGUCAUCGAACGAAGAAAUCAAUGAGUUUCGUAAAAGAAAAGUGGCCCUGAUUACUGGAAUUUCAGGCCAGGAUGGAUCCUACCUUGCUGAACUGUUACUCUCUAAGGGUUAUGCCGUUCACGGUGUCAUUCGACGAUCGUCCUCUUUCAAUACGGGUCGUAUUCAACAUCUUUACAGCAAUCCGAUUCUUCAUUGCGGAGACUCUUCAUUUACCUUGCACUAUGGUGAUAUGACUGACUCUUCUUGUCUCAUUAAAAUCAUUACUAAAAUCCAGCCAUCUGAGGUUUAUCAUCUAGCUGCACAAUCCCAUGUAAAGGUGUCUUUUGAUUUGCCAGAAUACACCGCUGAAGUUGAUGCCGUGGGAACCCUGAGGUUGCUCGAUGCGAUCCAUGCUUGUGGUUUAACCCGGAAGGUUCGAUUUUACCAAGCGUCAACAUCGGAGUUAUUCGGUAAAGUACAGGAAAUUCCACAAAAGGAAACGACCCCGUUUUAUCCACGUUCGCCAUACGCAGUGGCAAAAAUGUAUGCCUAUUGGAUAGUAGUGAACUACCGUGAAGCGUACAAUAUGUUUGCUUGCAACGGAAUUCUCUUCAAUCACGAAAGUCCUAGACGAGGGGAGACGUUCGUCACUCGUAAGAUCACUCGUUCAGUGGCUAAGAUCAGUUUAGGACAACAAAGCUACGUAGAGCUUGGUAACUUAGAUUCUCUUCGUGAUUGGGGACAUGCGAAAGAAUACGUAGAGGCAAUGUGGCGAAUUCUUCAACACGAUAAACCUGAGGACUUUGUGAUUGCAACCGGAAAACAAACAACUGUUAGGCAGUUUUGCAAUUUAGCGUUUAAGGAAAUCGGCAUGGAUUUGGAGUGGGAAGGCGAAGGUAUCGAUGAGGUAGGGAAGGAGAAAGGCACAAACAAUGUGCGCGUCAAAGUUAACCCAAAGUACUACCGUCCUACUGAUGUCGACACAUUACUGGGCGAUUCAUCGAAAGCCAAGGAGGAACUAGGUUGGGAAGCUCAGAUUUCAAUAGAAGAACUUGUCAAGGAAAUGGUUUCCUCUGAUGUGGCAUUGAUGGUUUCAAAUCCUAUGGCUUGA